CUACUAAGAAGUGAUUGUCUAAACUUUCCUGUGUCUUAGGAAUCAUGAAUUUUCCAGUCCCAGCCAAAUGCACCAUAAAGGGAGGGAGCCAGCAAAGAACUGUGAACUGAACAGAUUUUUUCACGUUUGUGAUUUUAUUUAAAAUAAAGCCUAAUUCAAGAAUAGCAGAAAUUGAAUUGUGAAUAAACUGUCAGUCUGCCGUGUGAACCAGGAUGCAGCAAAGAUGCUGUCUUUGUUUUUUGCACUGCUGGUUCUGGGAAAGAUGACCACUCUCACACGGCAGGACCUUAACUUUGGGCAAGUUGUUGCAGAUGUUCUUUCAGAAUUCUUGGAGGUGGCUGUUCACCUUAUCUUAUACGUCAGAGAAGUUUACCCUAUUGGGAUCUUUCAGAAGAGGAAAAAAUACAAUGUACCUGUCCAGAUGUCCUGCCAUCCGGAGCUGAACCAGUACAUCCAGGACACGCUGCACUGUGUAAAGCCACUGCUCGAGAAGAAUGAUGUGGAGAAGGUUGUAGUUGUAAUCCUGGAUAAAGAGCACCACCCUGUGGAGAGAUUCGUCUUUGAGAUCACCCAACCACCUCUUCUUUCCAUUAGUUCAGAGUCCCUGCUGUCCCACGUGGAGCAGUUGCUGCGUGCAUUCAUCCUGAAGAUCAGUGUGUGCGAUGCUGUGCUUGACAACAAUCCCCCAGGUUGCACCUUCACAGUUCUGGUUCAUACACGAGAGGCUGCUACACGGAAUAUGGAAAAGAUCCAGGUGAUAAAGGAUUUCCCCUGGAUCCUCGCCGAUGAACAAGACGUGCACAUGCAUGACCCCCGGCUUAUUCCCCUGAAAACUAUGACAUCGGAUAUCUUAAAGAUGCAGUUGUAUGUAGAAGAGCGAGCCCACAAAAGCACCUGAUUUUAAAUCUUCCUUGCCUUCAAGCUUCAUCUGAUCUUCCAGUGGAAUAAGAUAUCUCACAAACCAUACCUUGAUAAGCGUCUCUUCAGCUGGCCUUCUGGGUGAAUGUAGAGCAGCUGCUGCCUCUUUAUUUCAAGUGCUCUUACCACUGUAUAUAGAACUGACUUGGAAUGUGGAGCCAGAGCCUCUUCCCAUGUACACUCGUGUGCAAGAGUGAGUACAGGUUUUGUUACAGCGAGUCUCUGGAUACAGCCAGCUGCAGGAUGCAGUCAGCUUUGUACAAAUCCAGCUCUCAACAGGGCAUCUCCAUUGCACACUGGUAGCGAUAUACAGCAGUCUGGUAUAUGCUCUGCUAGAGCAACAGACUCAUACUAAAAGUGAGCGAGGCCUUACGUAGUGUCUGUACACUGUGACUGUCCCAAGUAAUCUUUAAUAAAUAUGAAGUUUUACCCCAGUUGAACUAGGUUGAGUUCUGUCCAAACCAGCCUCCUUCCUUAUGUGAGGAAGUAUUUCUAUUUUGUAUGGAGCUCUGUAUUUUAUGUGGAGCUUCCACUAUGUUUCCAUACCUUUUCUGGAACAUAUGCAGGAUCUGUCAGUUCCCAUGACAGGCUACAACCUUGGUCUCCCCUUUCUGUGGGAGAGCAUUCACCCAAUAAGUAGCAUUAGCAAGGUGGAAUUUGUCCAGCAAGGACAUUUGGCAAAUGUCCUACUAACAGAGAACAGACAAGGGAAACUGUUAACUCUGCACUUGUCAAAGGAAAGCAAAGAAGGCCUUAGUAUUGGCUCUAUGCAUACAGGAGUAGCAGGCAUGGUUUGUAGUAAGUGAGCUGAGCUUGUUAGUCAGACAUAAGACAGCCAGUAUAGCACUUCCCUGCUUCCUCCAAGGAAAAGAGCAAGAAUAGUAUAGAUUGAGGUUGUACAGUGCUUUAACAUAAAGGGUUAGACCGUUCAGUACAAACUGAGUACUUUGGUAGUACAAAGGUAGUAGGGAAAAAGCCCAGCACAAUCAAAAGGCACUUAUGUUGUAAGGCAGCCACCUGAGGAGAUUCAUUAUCUCCUCCUUCUCUUGCUCUUUAUUCAAACAAUUAUGGGCUGUAUUUGGACAGGAAAGGUAUGCACCAUUUUGAUCAUAUACACUUAUAGAAACAGUAAGGAAUUAAGGAGCAGUGACAGAGCACUUAAGAAAAAGGGUUGAUAGUUUCCUUAAGCUAUGAAAGGUCUGAUGUGAAAGAGAAAUGUUUUUCUACAUAAACUGAAACAGGAAAAUAUACAAAACAAAUCUCUUUGUAGCAGAGCCCUUGAGGACAGGUAUAAUAAGGCUAAAAUGUUUAAUUUCAGAUUAUUCCAUAAACAAACAAGAAAGCCUUUUAAUCUAUUCAAGACCUAUUUUUUGGCUGUAGCACAAUGCCAUAUUAACUAGAAAAGACAGAUGUCAUACUGAACUGUCCCAGUCUUCCUCCUGUGGGAGGGCUCUAGUAAUUGCAGUAAUGUCCAUGGAACAGGAAGAUGAAAGAUGAAGACCAAAGUCCUUCCAAGGGGCUGGGCUUGCAGAAGUUCUGCUGUGAUUAAGAAUUAGCUGUGCAAGACAAAGCUGGGACACUCACCCAGAAGAGAGUACAAACAAGUAAUUGCACCUGAGACCACCUGGUUACAGUCCUGAGGUAAGAGCAAACACUUAGAUCGUGCCUUCAUAACAUUGUCAGGGGCCCAAUGGUGAUGCUGCUGUUUGUCACUCGGAUCCCGUACCACCCUGCCCAGAAUUGGGUGUCUUGGCCUCCGUGCUGAAACCAGAUGUGCCGAACUCCAGCUGGGUAAUUCUGGAAGGUGUAAGAAAUCUGAAGAGAAAAGAGAAAACCAGCACUGACCUAGAAGCUAGGACAACUACAGUAUGUGCAUCCUAGUCUCAGAUAAAGAUCAUUCUCAUAUAUCUCUAAUUGAAAGUGCAUCAUAUCCCUUUUUUGAGGAAUGAGAAAAAAGUCUGUUAUUCAGCCUUUUACCCUGAAAUCCCCUCCAAGUCAAAUGUAACAUUAAGUUGGAUUCUUUGGUAUGUUUGUCAUGUAAGCAACAACAUAAUGGGGAAUCUACAGCCAAUCAAACCAGUUAAAUGUGUUUAGUAGUUUAAGGAAAGUAAUGUUUGCAAUACUUUAAGUGACAUCCAUGCAGUAAUUUUAAAACAGCUUUUUGAUCCAAUAAAAACAAGAACUGUG